AUGAUCUCUGACGACGACCUCUACCGCCUCGCCAUCUUCCUGGGCUCAUGUGCCAUGAUGAUGAUUGUACUAUACCACUUCCUCGACGUCAAUUCCAGCGAGGAGGAACCCGAGUCUGUCGAAUCAGCAAGCCAAAUCAAGGAGGAGACUGUCCCAGUGAUGUCCACAGGAGGGGUGUUGAUCUCGGAGAAAGGGAAUAGAAUUUGA